AUGAGUGAAUUGAAGAAAAAACCUAGUGGUGCAGCAUAUAAGAGGAAGGCUAUGGAAAAAGAAGAAAAACAUCAAAAUGUAAUAAAGCAUACGAAACCUAUUGAAUUUUAUUUUUCAAAACUAAAAAGUGAUGACGCCGAAUCUUCUAACGCAAUUUACCAUGCGUCUGCUACUGAGCCUAUUCAAUGCGAAAUUCCUACUAGUUCUAAACAACCACAAGAUUUGCCAGCGCCUACGCCGCCUACUCCGCCAGCAGUAGAAGUUGAGAGGCAGUUGCAAAAUAAACUAGUCAUCGUGGAUUGUGACCCGUGGGUGAAUGUGCCGCUGAAUGCGCUCAAGAGGCUUGUUGGUUGCCUUCAAGAAAUAUAUUCAUUUUUUACAGCUUCAACUCAAAGAUGGGAAACUUUACAAGCACAAAUACUCCUAGAUGCUUGUAAAAGUCUGAAAGAGUCAUUUCCAGAAAUUCGCGAUGCUUUGAUUGCUAUUGAGAGCAAUCCUGAGCAAAAACGUUCUGUUUUAUGUGAGGCUAAAGGUAUAAGAUUGAAAUUAGAAAGACUAGAAACUGCUUUCAUGACUGUGUUUUGGGAUUUUAUUCUGGUUCACAUGAACAAAACUAACAAAAAUCUACAGUCCGUUGAUAUUGACAUUUGUACAGUUAUUCAAAUAAAUGACAGCCUAAUUCAAAUAAUUUCUGCAGAAAGGGAAAAUUUUUAUAAAUAUGAACAACAAGCCUUGGAACUCUCAUUAGUCAAAGAAUAUGAAAAGGAUACAAAGCGGAUACGGAAGAGAAAACUCACAGCAGAUGAAUCUGCCGAUGAUAUUACUUUUUCAUUAUCUGGUCGGGAAACAUUCAGAGUGGCAGUAUAUCUAGUAAUUAUAGACAGGCUUGUGGUUGAACUACAAAAGAGACGAGAAGCGUACAGCAAUUUCUACAGUAAAUUUUCGUUUUUAAGAAAUUUGAUUAAUUUAAACAAUGAGGAAGUUAAAAAUAAAGCAAAUAUAUUAGUAACGAUGUAUUCUGGUUAUUUAGAAAAGUGCUUUGUUGAUGAAUGUAUCCAUUUACGUUCUUAUUUAAUUACGAUAGCUCGAGACGGAGAACUGCCCCGUACAACUAACGCGAUUUUACAGAUUAUAAGAAACAGAGAACUCGAAACAAUUUACCCAAACGUUGAUAUAGCGUUAAGAAUGUGCGUAUCGACGGCAGUCAGCAACUGCAGUGGCAACAUGUUCAGUCGAGGGAAAAAAAUAGUCGCUGCGUGCUUAGAGAACUGUUCGUCACCAGAGGCAGUUUUAGAUACCCAUUCUGACUUGGGAGAAUCUCCUUCUUUAUUACAACCAGACCGGGAAAAUCUCCCUAAUUCUGAUCAUGACAAGACGAGACAGUUUAAUUCUGCUACGAAGAAUAAAGAGAAUACUGAAGUGAGUACGUGUUUAAGCAACUAUUCACAACAACAAGACUUAAUUACACUUGCUGACUUAGGAGAACCUUCACAUUUAUUACAGUCAAACCUGGAUGAUAUUGUGUCUUCUACAAAUUUUGAUUCUGAAAUAGCUGCUUUGACGUCAUUUUCUUCAGAUGUAGACAACAUUGAGAAUAUCAAUUUGGAGGUUCUAGGGGCUGAAAGUGAUACUGACUUCAGCAGUAACGACUCUGUGCAAGAUCCUAAUUUCCUACCAAAUAACGACUCUGACAUUUUGUCGGAAACAUCUAAUCAACAACGCAAAAAGGCUAAACGAGGUCGCAGUGAUAAAUCUCAGUGGAAGUAUGAGCAACAAAAAAGCAAACGAAUGAAGGGUGAAAAAUACCUAGGAAGACGAAGGAACGAAGAGGGCAAAAUUGUCUAA